GCUCUCGUCUCAAACGGAAAUGCUUGUUAACAAGUAUCAUCGUGCGUUGAGUGGGCGGAUCUCGCUCCGACAGCUGCUAAACGGCAUUACUACGUGGAAGAGAUGCUUAACCGGUUCGAUGCCGAGGGAACCUGAAGGGCCGGUACUUAUGACCGAAAUACCAGGCCCUCGAUCGCGCAGCUUGCUACAAGAAUUAAGUUCGAUACAACAAGCGUCUUCCGUACAAUUCUUCGCAGACUAUGAAAAAUCCGCCGGUAAUUACAUAAUUGACGUUGAUGGGAAUGUGUUGCUGGACGUUUAUAUGCAAAUCUCAUCAAUGCCUCUAGGGUACAAUCAUCCGGCGAUGCUGGAGGCUCUCGCCGAUCCCGUUAAUCAAAGAAUUAUAGUGAAUAGACCUGCUUUAGGUGUCUUUCCAGGAAAAGACUGGCCUAAUAGAUUAAGAGAUGUUCUACUUAAGAAAGAGUUAGCACCACCGGGAUUAUCACACAUUACGACAAUGAUGUGCGGUUCUUGUUCUAAUGAGAAUGCUUUUAAAAACAUUUUUAUCUGGUACGCCGAGAAACAAAGGCAAGGCAAACCGUUCACGAAGGAAGAGAUAGAAUCGUGUAUGAUGAACCAAAUCCCUGGCUCACCGCGAUACUCUAUUAUGUCCUUUAAAGGUAGCUUUCAUGGAAGAACCUUAGGUUGUCUCUCAACGACUCACAGCAAGUACAUUCACAAGAUGGAUAUACCAGCUUUCGACUGGCCUAUCGCCUCCUUUCCAGAGUACAAAUAUCCUUUAGAAGAAAACGUGCGAGAAAACAAGCAGGAAGAUAAGCGUUGCCUCGCAGAGGUCGAGGAAUUAUUUGAGAAGUACAAAAACGAAAAGAAAAUACCAGUGGCUGGUGUGAUAAUUGAACCUAUUCAAGCAGAAGGCGGCGACAAUCACGCAUCCCCAGAAUUCUUUCAGGAACUUCAACGCUUGAUACGAAAGUAUGGAGCCGCGUUACUUGUCGACGAAGUGCAAACCGGUGGCGGACCAACGGGAAAAAUGUGGUGCCACGAGCACUUUAAUUUAGAUACUCCACCCGACAUAAUGACUUUCAGCAAGAAAAUGCAAUUAGGCGGUUAUUAUCAUUCGGAGGAUCUGAAACCGAAACUGUCAUAUCGUGUGUUCAAUACUUGGAUGGGCGAUCCCAGCAAAGUGAUCCUGCUCGAGACGAUUAUAAAAACGAUUAAAAAAGAGAAUCUUUUGGAUAGAGUUACGUGCGUGGGCAAUUAUCUGUUAAAACAUUUGAUGGAUAUGCAAAAGGAACAUACCAAUGUAAUUAGUGCAGUGCGCGGACGUGGUACUUUCAUAGCAUUUAAUUGCCCCUCGUCUGAAGCGCGAGAUAGCAUCAUCAAGAAACUUGCAACGAAAGGUAUUCAGACAGGUGGCUGCGGCAGCCAGGCUGUGCGGCUGAGGCCUGCGUUGACCUUCACAGAGCAUCAUGCCGAUAUAUUUCUGGAUACGCUUCGCUCUAUUUUAAAAAAAUAAAAAUCAUCUUGACAAUA